CGUCAUGGCCACAAGGAGAGAGCAGCGGUGAAAGCGGGACUGCGUCUCUGCGCUCCGAUCAGUCCGCCUCCGCAUGGCUCCGGUUUUAUUAUAAACUCUGCUGCCUUAUUAUUAUUUUUCCGGACACAAACGCAGCAUGAUGCCGUUUGCUGUUUACAGCUUCACCGGUUAUCUGUACUGAUUUUGUCUUAAGUUUUUAAUACUUUCUUGUCUUGAAGCUUUUUAAUUAGAAACACCGGAGGACCCUGGAGGCUUGUCAUUCAGAAUCCAGUGGAUGUUUGCAGGGGAGCCUGUUUUUAGGAGCAGACACCUGAAAGGAAAAGAAGGGAAGGUGACAUCCCUGAUAGAGAGCAACAUCAGCUGAGCCCAAACCAAGAGAAAAGCAAAGAUGCUCGGGAGUGAAGGAGAGAGCAGUUCAUAUUCUUCUUCCAAAGACACGGCAGAUGAGAGGCGCAAGUCUCCGGCUGUGGAGGGGGAUGAUCCGGUUGUUAGCAACAGGUACACGGAGCACGGGAUGAGUGCUGACCGGUACUAUAUCCCAUCCGCUAUUUCUAAGCAAAGUCCCGAAGCAGCCAGUCAUUGCUCUUUUAUCCCCUACACCCCCAGCGGGGCGGUUUACACACCGUCCAGUGCUGGAAGGUAUCCCUCAUCACUGCACCUGGGCUCCGUGUUGCAACCGGCCGGAUUCCCUCCCUCAGCCCCCGGGCGCAGUCACAUUAGUCCCACUUACCAGCUCGGACAGAGUCCCGGCUGCAUCUACCCUCCAUACACCAGCUCGGGCUCCGCUCUCGGUAACAUGGCUCUACCCCCCGCCACCACCGGCCCGGGGGUGAGGUCCCAGGUUUAUCUCUGCAACCGACCUCUAUGGCUCAAGUUCCACCGACACCAGACAGAGAUGAUCAUCACCAAGCAGGGCAGACGGAUGUUCCCUUUCCUCAGCUUUAACAUAGCUGGUCUCAGUGUGACAGCGCAUUAUAACGUGUUUGUGGAAGUGGUGCUUGCGGAUCCAAACCACUGGAGAUUUCAGGGGGGAAAGUGGGUCACCUGUGGGAAAGCGGACAACAGCAGCCAAGGUACCGAAAAGGGGAACAAAAUCUAUAUCCACCCGGAGUCCCCAAACACAGGGGCUCACUGGAUGAGACAAGAAAUCUCCUUCAGUAAACUGAAACUCACAAACAACAAAGGGACGAGCCACAAUACUUCACAGAUGAUUGUUCUGCAAUCCCUGCAUAAGUACCAGCCAAGGCUGCACAUUGUGGAGGUGACAGAGGAUGGAGUGGAAGACCUUAACAGUGACCUUAAGACCCAGUGCUUUACUUUUCCAGAGACUCAGUUUAUAGCAGUGACUGCCUACCAGAACACGGAUAUCACGCAGCUGAAAAUUGAUCACAACCCUUUUGCCAAAGGAUUCAGAGACAAUUAUGAUUCGAUGUACACAGCUCCAGAGAAUGACCGCCUUACGCCGUCUCCUACGGACUCUCCCCGUGCCCACCAGAUUGUCCCUGGCACCCGCUACGCGAUGCAGCCCCUCUUCCAGGAUCAGUUUGUCAACAACCUUCCUCAGAAUCGCUUCUACAACAGUGAGAGAGCUGUACCGCAGACUAACAGCCUCCUCUCGCCUCAGUCAGAAGACGCAGCUUCGCAGAGGUGGUUUGUCACCUCAGUGCAGCAAGGGGGAAGUAGCAGUAGCACCACCAACAAGCUAGAUCUGACACCCUAUGAGGGAGAAUAUUCAAGUUCCCUGCUUCCUUAUGGUAUCAAAUCACUGCCCAUGCCUACUUCUCACGCUCUUAGCUACUACCCAGACUCCCCGUUUACUACAAUGUCUGCAGGGUGGGGGUCUAGAGCAGCAUACCAAAGAAAAGUCACAUCCAGUCUGCCUUGGUCCCCCAGACCCAGCCCCACUGCCAGUUUCCCAGAAGACUCAGAAAAGGUUAAAGCACAGAUGGAAGAGGAGGUGAAUGGUAGCGGAGCCCUGAUCAGCUCCUGGACAGACCCACAACCAUCAGCUCUUUCCUUAGACAAGACCAAUUCCUAUUCUCUGGGCUGCAAAAGAAGGCGCGUGUCUCUCAAUGGUGCAAGCACGGAGGACUCCUCCAGCAACACCAAGUGUGAGGACUUGGUCUCUGUUCCCACCAACAAUGGCUACAGCAAGGAAGCCCCCCCAUCCAAAAGCAUGGCAGCUUACUAUCCAUUUUACACAAACCCUUAAACGUUUGUUUGGUCUUCAUCUGCUACCAUGAAUGAGAAAUAUUGUUUUAGCAUUUUUUUUUUUGUUGUUGUUGUUUUUGUUAUAUGAAGACCCUUAUUUUGUGUUGGCAGUGAUAAAUGUCUUUUUGUUUCUUUUGUGGCAAGACAGAAAAUGAUGAAGAAAAAUUAUGGCAUUACAAGAAAUGCACGUGGUACGAUGAGCGUCUCCGCCUUAAGGCUUUUUGUUUGUUCCCAAACCAUAUAUAUAUAUAUUUUUUAACUCCCCUUUUAUUGAACUGAAAUUUACAAAGUGCCAAAGCAUUCGUUUAAGGUGCCCUGUUUUUUUUGUUUUUUGUUUUUUGUUUUUUAAAAAGUGUGUUACAUUUCAUUGUUGCAUACAUUUAUGUAUCUACCCUUACACUGAGAUUAAGCUAUGUGUUUACAGAUUAUAUAUUGAAGGCCUGUUCAUAUGAAAUGUGUGCAUUCUUAAAUAUAUGAGAACAAUAUGCUGUAUAUACCUUAAAUGCAAAGUUCAACUAUUUGAUAAUAAA